AUGCAUUCACACCGAAUUGGUUAUACACUGCUAGUCGUGUGUGGACUCUCGGUUCUCACGGCAGCCUCGUCUCCCAUCCACUAUGAGGACGACAGACCCAGCUUCUCCUUCGACGAACUUUGGGCGCUACAGAAGAACUACUGGGAUGCAUUUCUCUAUCCAGCAAAUCUUGCUCAGAUCAAUGCCACAGAUGACUCUGUGUUUGCUGAAAAGGUCCAAGGCCGAGUAGACAUCACCCGCACCUUUAACGGCCGCGAGCUCAACAAUGAGUACAUCUCCGGUCUCUUCUCCGAGUCCGACCAGGUCAGUCUGGUCGGCAUACCAAUCGCAUACAACAUCACUCAGUUCGCUGCGAACGGAAAUAUCGCAUCCGCAACAACAGUGGUCACUUUCAACGCGACCUCGUUUGGCAUAGUUGUGCCCGUCACCAUCGAGACGUGGUUUGAGUGGAACACAGAUAAGAAGAUUGUUCAGUACGACUCAAGCUUCCGCUGGUUCGGUUUCCUCCUUGAUACCCUGCUCAAGGCCGAGGCUGCCAGGGUAAAUACUACCGAUCCUGCCGUGGUUCAGAAGGAAAUUACGGACUUAUUCUCCGGCUCUAUAUGUACGACACAUGAGGAAAACUGCAAGGGCCUGGAUCAGCAAUAUGAGAGUAUGGACGCCUGCGUGGAUUUCCUGACGAACAAGAUCCGUUUCGGUCAGGGGUUUGAGCUUGGAAGAAACACGCUGCUGUGUCGCGAGGUGCACAAACACAUGGUCAAGUACCGUCCGGACGUGCAUUGUGCGCAUAUCGGUCCCACGGGUGGUGACUAUUGUGUGGAUGAUAAGUCGUAUGAGCAGGUGGUGUUGAACAAGUAUUUCCGUGACUCGUUCAUUGGAUAUGGGUAUGGGAAGGAACAGAAUGCUUGGAUUUAA